GUGCCGUCCGCGUUAGACAUGUCUCAGCUCCAAAACGUUCUCUUUCUUGCGUCAAUUUCAGUUCUUUUGGGAAGAAGCCUGACGAUUUUCUUUAAGAGAGAUUUUUCCUUUGAUGUUCAUAGAUCCUUGGUAUUCURUGACGGCUUGGCCCUUGCAAUAGYUUUGAUUCUUGGUCUUGUUCCAUYGAGCGRCAAYAUCAGYSAACUUUUUGCACUAGCAGCACUUUUAUAUUCGAUCUUCCGAUAUAAAGACGACGAACUAAUAAAAACUCUMACUUUGAGUAGUAGUAUCUACAUGGUCUUGGGAGUCGAUUGGAAGGAAGAAACMUUUGAUUGCAUUACUCUURCCCUUGCCRCAACCCAAUAUCUAAGGAAACCUGAUCGACUGAGAGAGGCUGUGCGAGAAGUGCGAAUCAUUUUUGGGCCCGUUUAUGUAAUUUCCGUGUGUUCUGGAAUACGAUUCUUGUCCUGGGAGAUGCACUCGUUGAUKGGAAUGUUGGCUGUCCUUUCGUCCGUGGUUGCUKCGUUGUUUUUUCGUCCUGACAAUAAUCAAACUCUAAGAMUUGUGACUYCAAAGUCUUAUAUUCCAACRACGGACACUCGCCGGCGCGUCCAUGGCUAUUUGAUGUUCUUCUCAUAUCUGGUUACCAUCUCUAAGGUCSUGURUAAUUCUCAWAUGUCCUUGYCUCGCGGCUCAGRAUGYAYCUUCUUCUUUGCAUUGCUGAACAUUACUCUGUACCUGACGUACAAAGCCUCGAGAGGAUGGAAUUAGGUGGCUCAGCAUUGCUUCAUUAUUUUUUUCAAUGUUUUUAAAUAUCGGUACAGGGUGUGCCCACUUCUUUGCUGUGUUUCAUAUUAUUGUGUACCUGGAGUACAAACCCUGAGAAGGUGGAAGUAGGAGGACGUUGCUUUUGAAAAUAACUAGACGAAGUGUUUUUCAUAAACAUUAGUCAAAAUCGAAACUUCUAUGCUAGCAAGGUAAUACACAUAAUGACAAUUCACUGUGCAUAAAUGUAUAUUAAUAUUUUGUUAGUUGUUUAAUUAUAAUUUUAAGAAGGACUGUACCUUAACAAGGAUUCUUUUGAUAUUCCUACGUAUAAUACAAUGCCGCUGAUGGCAAGAGAAUUCCUUCCAAACUGGAAAAACUCAAUCACGCUCACGUUAUAAUGACUUUAUUAUGA